GAAUAAAAAUAAAAGGAAAAUAAAGUGGAUUCAUUUUUGCUUUCACUUUGAAGCACAAAGGAGCAAUAAAGCAGUGUUCAUCAGCCUCUUUACUGUCACUCCAUUUCUCUCGAUUUCCCCGCUUCCCCAAACAAGAUAGUUGAUUUCACCUGAUCAAGAUGUUUCUCACCAGGACCGAGUAUGACAGAGGAGUCAAUACCUUCUCACCUGAAGGCAGGUUGUUCCAGGUUGAGUAUGCUAUCGAGGCUAUCAAGCUGGGUUCUACUGCGAUUGGGAUAAAGACCAAGGAAGGUGUUGUGCUUGCUGUGGAAAAACGUAUCACAUCUCCAUUGCUGGAGCCUAGCAGUGUCGAGAAAAUCAUGGAAAUUGAUGAUCAUAUAGGAUGUGCCAUGAGUGGAUUGAUUGCUGAUGCUCGUACACUUGUUGAGCAUGCACGAGUGGAGACCCAGAAUCAUAGGUUCUCUUACGGUGAACCAAUGACUGUUGAGUCAACUACACAGGCUUUAUGUGAUCUAGCGCUUCGUUUCGGGGAAGGAGAUGAAGAGUCGAUGUCUCGCCCUUUUGGUGUAUCUCUCCUCAUUGCAGGUCAUGAUGAAAAUGGACCAAGCCUAUAUUACACAGAUCCUUCCGGUACAUUCUGGCAGUGUAGUGCAAAGGCUAUUGGUUCUGGUUCUGAAGGUGCAGAUAGCUCCUUGCAGGAACAAUUUCGAAAGGAUUUAUCUUUCCAAGAAGCUGAGACCAUAGCACUUUCCAUCUUGAAGCAGGUUAUGGAGGAAAAGUUGACUCCAAACAACGUCGACAUUGCAAAGGUCUCACCAACCUACCACUUGUAUUCUCCAUCUGAAGUUGAGGCCGUCAUCGGCCGUCUAUGAGGAACACCCUGCCAAGAACUGCUAUGCCUAUCUUUAGUGCUCUCUGAGUUUCUCUCUUUGGUUAACAAAUAUUUUCUCGAAACCAUUUUGGUUGAUUAUUUGAAUGUAACCUAAUGAAUUCAAAUCUGUUCUUGCACCGUAGUAUGUACUCUUUGCUGAGUGCUUGGGCAUGUGAGAAAUUCAACCUUGUUAAAGAAACCGAAACUGGAACUUAUUAGAUCUUAGGCCCUGUUUUGUUCA